CCCAUCGAAAAAAAGUUUGGUCAAAAGGCAAUUGAGUCCCGCUGCUCCCCUCACUGACCUUUUCCUUUCCCUCAACCACAUCACCCCAAACCGCCAGACAACGAAGUCGCACUAUCUUUCAGAGACCCAGAACAGAUUCACCAAAACUUCGUCGAUUUCAAGAUGCCGUCGGCCGUCGCUGAGCUCUAAGCGCCCACUGCGGACGUGUGCUGCACUCGCACGUCCGCAGUCCAGCAGCCUCAGCGAGAUAUUCAACUCUGCCAACUCCCCCACUCGACGAAGUUUUCACCAGACUCAUCCGUCUCGAGCCCAUCUCCAGUGUGGGACGGGGUUCAAUUGCACAUCAACUGCAGUGAGACGCACAGUCCGCCUCUGAUAUUAACAAGUUCUACCCACCACGGCCACCACUCUCAGGCCACGCAGCGAUUUCCCACAGUCUACUCACAAGUAUCUGGCGGCUCUGUUCCCCAGUCGGGCAAUUCACUUCCCCACAUCCUCCCUUCCACCCAUCUUGAUCCACUUAUAUCUGAGAUCAAGUCAACUGCCGAUUGUUCUAUAAACGGACUGGGCGCUGAACAGCUUCAUUGAAAGCUUACCUAUUAGACACGCCUUGGGCUUGUUGGACUCGGCAUUGUCGUGUAUCGUCAUUUACUGCAAGGUUCACCGCCGUUUGAGCCAAUCCACUGUGCAUCACCCCAGGAUCAACCCACCUACUGUAUCCACCCCUGCAUAGCCAAGAAUCAUGUCUCGAAACAUUCACCAAAAAUAUCCCUCUGCGCCUCGCAUCAAGCUCGUCAACAAGAAGCCGCGCAGGCCCUCCGUCACUUCGAGCGAGUCGUCUCUCAACCUCUCCGACGACGAAGGUUAUUCCGGCGUCGAAGACGUCAGCGAAUCUGACAAUGAACUCGACGAGGACGAUGUGGUUGCGGCCGAGGAGGAGCAUCUGAUCACCAAUAUGGCUAGGAAUCGCCUGUUGAAAACCCCUCGGCCGCUCGACGAAGAGAAUGACGCUGAUGAAGAAGACGAAGACGAGGAGGACGAGCUCGAAGAAGAGGAAGCCAUUGACGACGAAGAUGCCAAUGAUGACGAGGACGACGAUGACGACAGUGUUAGUUGGCAGGGCUUGUCACCACCAAAAGAGUUUGAGGAUGCCAUGUGGCCCGAGUCUGAACUGCCGGAUGUCACGCCGGUUAAGCGCCAUGUUCGGUUUGCCGGUAUCGACAGCGACAGUGACAACACAGAAUCCGACCUGUCCGAAUCUGAUGAUGGCAAGCAAUUCUUUCCCGAUAUCUUUGUCGACCAGAACGCUCUUGAUCCCCGGUUCCGCCGCGAGAUUGAGAAUGAUGAUGGCUCCGACACCGAUGGCUCGUACUGGGACUUCAAUGGCUCCACCCAAGACGUAUUUGUCGAGACAUCGGAUGUCGAAUUCGACAAUGGAGGUCUCCACGGUACCCCAAUGCCGACGCCAAGGGUCAUCCCUCCACUGAAUAUUCUACCCACUCCGCUGACGGCAUUUUCCACCGAGUCACCGGAGCUUGACGGUUAUGAGACUGAUGGCGACACAACAGAAGAGGACAUCCCAGAGCCGGUUGUGCGUAAGAAGCAGGUUCGGCGACCAGUGUCUGUGGAAACCUCGGACUCUGAGACACCAAGACCUAACCGCCACGUACGAGGAAAGCCUCGUCUUGCGCGCUUCGACUUGGACGGUGACAGCGAUAAGCCGGUCGGCGUGAUCAAUCCAAAAACUGGCAAGAUGAUGAUUUUCACGCGUCAAAAGGCUGAUCGUCUUGAGUUGGCUCCAGAGUCGUAUGAUCUGAAUUUUGCUCAGGAUGAUUUGUCGGCUUGCUCUCCCAUGAUGGCCAACUCGGCCUUGAUCAUGCUGGGUGUCAUGGACGCUAAUACUUUGGGUGACUAUUUCGCUACACAGCCCUUUGGGCCCAGUGAGGCCUUCUUCCCCUGUUCCGAUGCAUUCACUGGAGAAGAGACAGAUGAAUCCGAGUACUACCCAGCCCUGGAAGAUGAGGGUGAGGAUGCUCUCAGGAUUGAGGAUUUCAUCGAGUUUAGGGAGGACAACGAAUCGGACCAGGAAAACGAAGACGAAGACAACGCCGGGGACUGGAGCAAUGAUCCCAAUUCAAGCCCGACAUGGCCCAAGACCUCGGCCAGCAUGUCCACCACAAACACAGACUAUUAUGUCAAGGACGUCCACCCUUUGCUCACCCACUUCGAGAUGAACUCCAACGCCGUGGGCGCUUUCCGUCGUAAUCAGGUAAAUCAGCAACUCAUCAACAGUGAGGUCGCGACCCAGGAGUCACUCGCUUUCUCUGGACCUUACCACAUUGGAACUCUCCGAGGCAUCAAGUCCGGCAGUAUGGAGACGGUAACAACCCCCAUCACACCGGUGCGCAGGCAAAAGAGAAACAGCAUGGUAGGCCUUGAUGGACCUCUUGAUUAUUCCCCAGGAUCUCCGCUCAACCAUGUAUCACAGAAGAGAAAGGCCCCCGAUACCGUCGCGGAUGACAACCUCCACAAACGCCACCGGAGCAUUUCGGACAUGGAAAUUUUGCAGUUGUAAUGGAUCUCCCGGGAUUUCCUAUUUCUGGUUUUCAGCCGCAUCUACAACGAUAGCAGCACGAUGACGGACCAAGUUUCAUCUUCCGACGCCAACAAGCCUAGAAGUUUGGGAGUGGAGGAUGGUGGAUGGAACGAAGACACUUACGUCGAAGGACGGCAU